CCUGGCAGCCCAGGGAGGAAGCAGGGCCAGCCACCCAAAUUGCAUGGCGCUGUCCGCGUGACGGCCCAUCGCAAGCGCCCCGAGCCUGUUCUCCUUGCCGAAUGCCGAUCGCAAGAGCCUGGAACCCGUUGAGCCACAGCGAUCGCCACAGACGUCGCAAGCGACCACACUGGACGGUGGCCUCCUGGCAAGUAGCAAGUAGAACAAGUCGCAAAUGAGAUGCCGCCAUUCCGACAUUUACGCAAACAUUACACAGUCGGCUAGGUCGAGGGGAGGGAGAGGAGGUACGACGCAACGGUGCCACCGUUGACAAACUCUCCGAUGAGGUCACGGUUGGAACCCAACUUCGAAGAGCAGCCACACCCCAAGCCGCCGUCGCACGACAAACCGCCUCGCUGGUCGCUUGGCUGAGUGGUCUCGGCCUCGUCAGCUUGGUGUGGACUCUCCACUACCCAGCAAGCCGGCCCGCAUUGGCUGACAGCAUGCAAAUUUCCCCCCAUCAUGCACCGAAAGGAAGACUAAACGGCUGUCCGGACAUUGCAUCGCGGCCCUUCAUAAGCGUGUUUCAAACCUUAUGGACGGGGUGGAUAGUAAGCGCCGCCCUACCGGGAGGCAUGCCAGCCCUGCCAUCGUCUUCUCAUACGGCCAUCGCUUCCCUUCACCCUGAUCGGGGAUGACCUCAUCCGGGACAGCUUCAGGGCCGGGACAAGCGGACAAGAAGAAGAAAACGAACGGACUCGAUAGCGUGCCACGAAGCCAGCCUGGUGACGUUGAGCCAACCCCCCCCCCUAGUUUCCUCCCUCCCUUUUCUCACGGCAUAGGUGCCGAAGAAGUAUGCUUGGCAGGGUCUCUGCGUUAUGUACCGGCCCCGCACCAAAGAAACCGGGACUGUUGGGUGUCUUUAUUGUACACCGACAUGAGUCUGUCUGUCUUUCUUGGGCCUCUCUGCACUGCGUGUCUACCUACCUACCUUUACCUACAUCUUUAGCCCCGGUCCCUUUAGUCACAGAUUUUCGGCACACUAAGACCCGCGAUCCAGGCGCGUCUGCUGUGCUCGGCGGUGACGAUGCGACUGACUCUCCUUGUUGGCGAAGUUUGCAAUGUCAGACCACACCACCCUCAAACCUGCUUUCUCCCCGAUCGUCAUCCUGAUGUGUCUCUCCCCCUAACUGGCCCAAACUUCUCGGCAUGCCCGAAAGGGUGAUAAAUAGAGAUAACCUCAUGCCCUUCCCAUUGCUUCUUGAUAUUCCAUUUCAUCAGGACAGCAACAGACCAGCAGACGUUCAGAGAGACAAUCUUUCUUCUCAACCAUACCCACACUACACACACCACCAAUAACACCACAACCACAAUGGCGUUCGACCGUAUUGUGCAAUUCAUCCUUCGCGGCGCCCAGCUGGCGUUCGCCGCCAUCGUCGCCGGUAUCACCGGCUCCUACCUCCACAGCUCCAACGCAUCCUCGUGGGACAAUGGCCGCUUCAUCUACACCAUCGUCGUGGCCAGCUUGUCGCUGCUCUUCGCCCUCCUAUGGCUGCUCCCCUUCUCGGCCAGCUUCAUCCACUGGCCCAUGGACAUCUUCCUCAGUAUCCUUUGGUUCAUCGCCUUCGGCCUGCUUGUCAACCUCAUCGGUGAUGGCUGCGGUCCCGUCUUCGACUGGAGCAACGUCAGCCCUCGCGGUGAUGCAUGCGGUCGCAACAAGGCCAACAUCGCCUUCUGCUUUCUGUCCGCCAUUGUCUGGCUUGCGUCGGCCCUCGUCGGCCUCUUCUGGGUCCGCCGUCGCAACGCCGUCGCCGACACCCGCCACACCCACGGCCGCCGCCGCUGGUACCGUUCUUCCCGCGUCUAAGCAACGCGCGCUCGUUGUUCAUCAGUUGCCCCUCGCGGCAAUCCGCUCUCACUACUUGGUGCGGUGGUCUCCAUGGCUUUAACAUGCCAAACGGGGACCACAGGGGCAAUGUUUGAUCGACCUUUUUUGACGGCCUAUGGAGGAGUUAACUAAUGGAUCUUGUGUGUUUGUAAUGUUUUCUUAUGUAGGUUCAUGAUAGUAUGAGAAGAUGGCCUGAAGCUUCACGGGAAGGCUUGAUACCCAAUAAUACCCAGCCUGUUGUAUCAUAGUAUCUACGUUAAUGUUAUACCAUGGCACCUUUCUAUGACUUGGUUUGUUUUUUUACAAUACCUACAGUGAAAACGAAACAAUCUUUUCUUUACUCAAACUUU